CCGCCUGCUUGAAAGGAAAAAGAGUUGGCUGGUUCAAUGCAGAGCGAUUCUGGUACAAGAAAAUCAUUCAACGAGGGCGGAGAGAGAACAGGCAUCAGCUGAGCACAGCAACUACUGGAAAGCUCUAUAAGAGCUCCAGAAUACAAUUAAGAACCCCAAGAAAUAAGACAGAGAGCAAGACAAUGGAAAGCAUUUCUAUGAUGGGAAGUCCACUGAACACCAAGGAGACUUUCCUACCAAAUGGUAUGAAGAAUGGACUUAAAGAAGGAGCAAAGGCCACAGUAGGAAUCAUUGGAUCUGGGGACUUUUCCAAGUGUCUAACAAUAAGGCUGCUAAGAUGUGGCUACCAUGUGGUAGUCGGGAGCCGGAAUCCUAAGAGGGCUGCAGAGUUUUUUCCUCAUGUAGUUGAUGUCACCCAUCAUGAAGAUGCUGUGGCCAAAGCUGGACUUAUUUUCCUUGCUAUUCACCGUGAACAUUAUGCGUCCCUAUGGGAUUUGAAACACCUUUUGGUGGGGAAAAUCCUAGUAGAUGUCAGCAACAAUGCGCGUAUGAACCAGUACCCAGAGUCCAAUGCUGAAUAUUUGGCUUCCUUGUUCCCUGAGUCCAUUGUGGUGAAAGGGUUCAAUGUGAUCUCUGCUUGGGCCAUGCAGUCCGGUCCAAAGGAUGCCAGUCGACAGGUGUAUGUGUGCAGCAAUUCCGUGGAAGCCCGUCAGCAGGUCCUAGAAGUGGCUCGGCAGCUGAACUUUAUUCCAGUGGACAUGGGCACUCUCUCCUCAGCCAAAGAGAUAGAAAACAUCCCCCUGCAUCUCUUCACACCCUGGAAGGGGCCAGUGUUGGUGGCUGUCAGCCUGUCCAUCCUCUUCUUUGUCUACUCCUUCAUUAGGGACAUCAUUCACCCUUACGUGAAGAACCAACAGAGUGACUUCUACAAAAUCCCUGUGGAGAUCGUCAACAAGACCCUGCCAGUGGUCGCCAUCACCCUCUUGUCACUGGUAUACCUAGCAGGGCUCCUGGCAGCAGCACACCAGCUGUACUAUGGCACCAAGUACCGCCGUUUCCCACACUGGCUGGAUGGCUGGAUGCAGUGCCGGAAGCAGCUGGGGCUCCUCAGCUUCUUCUUUGCCUCAGUGCACGUGGUCUACAGCCUAUGCCUGCCGCUGAGGAAGUCUGAGCGCUACCUCUUCCUCAACAUGGCCCUCCAGCAGGUUCAUGCAAAUGUAGAACAUGCUUGGAAUGAGGAGGAGGUCUGGAGAGUGGAGAUGUACAUCUCCUUUGGAAUCAUGAGUCUAGGUCUGCUCUCUCUGCUGGCCAUCACAUCAAUACCUUCAGUGAACAGUGCCCUCAACUGGAGAGAGUUCAGUUUCAUUCAGUCUACCCUGGGGUAUGUGGCUCUCCUGAUUGCUACAUUCCAUGUGUUGCUCUACGGCUGGAAGAGAGCCUUUGAAGAAGAAUAUUAUAAAUUCUACAUGCCUCCAAACUUUGUGGUGGCCCUGGUGCUGCCUGUGAUGGUCAUCAUGGGAAAGGUACUUCUCCUCCUCCCCUGUGUUGGUAGGAAGCUGAAGCGAAUUCGGCGUGGCUGGGAGAACAGCCAGUAUAAAGAGGAGACCAUGGGUUCUGCCACGCAUGUCUCUCCAGAAAGAGUCACCAUCAUGUAACAUACUGUGAGUCCUUGAAAGACCUGUUCAGACAGUUCUAAACAGAGAUGUAGAGAUGUAUCGGAGGGCAGUCUUCUUCACCAGAAUAACAUGGUUUACAUAUUUACAACUAUGUUCUCAAAAAUCACUCCUCAUCAUGCUGCAAUGACUUCUUUAAGAGAACUUCAUGAGUGUGUUACAAAAUAAGAGUUAUUUGAGCAAAGUAUUUUUCCAGUGCAAAUUUACGCAACAUAUUUUCACACAUAGGGAAAGUCUUGACAUCAGACUAAAAUAGAGAAGAUUCAAUAUUGAUAAAAGGAGAUUAAUUAUAUUUAUAGACACAUAAAUGUAUUGUAUGAAAUAGUAGCCAAAGUCUAAGCUACUUAGAAGAAUAGAAAAAAACUGAAUUGGUUGUCCAUGAUGUAUACAUUCAAAAUCAUGUUCCUUAGUUCAGUGUGAGGAAGGAAGAGAGGAACUUAGUGAUAAAUAUAUUUUAAACAUAUUUUUAUGUAGUAUGUCCAGGAGGUAUACAUACUGUAGUGUUAAUGUGAUUCAGUAACUACAUGUAAUUUUAAGAAAAUCAGUAUUAAAAGAAAAUGUAGGUCAGAGAGAUUUACCUUUUUUGGAUGAUUCACACAUUUUACUCAGCUGUUAACUGUAUGUGUACUCCUAGUGUUUAAAUGGACUGUUUAACACUGACAGCUCUGCUGUUGAGAAUUAAUCAGAUAUAAUCUAUUUGUGAAGUGGGCCAUAGUCUCAAAAGUGCACUUGCUGUGAUAUGUAUCAGGACAUUAAAAGAUUGGCAUGCACAGCUUUGAUAUAAAAAAGCUAUAGUAUGAUAUAAAUUGGAUAUGUCCAUACAGUAUACUGUACGUGAAUUGUGACAAGUUUCAAGAGUGAUUUUCUGUCUCUUUUGUCUUUGCCAAACAGUUCAGCCUGCUGAAGGAUGGUACAGACAGUACAUACAGUACCAGCCACAUGGUAGAAUAGUUCCUCCUAUGUUUACAUGUAAUUCAGUCCUGAAACUCAGUCACAAUGCAUGCAUACACUCACAGAAAUACCUACUCAUACUCACUUAUAUAACUGCCCUUGAAUGUUCAGUAUUGCCUGCUAGGAUGAAUCAGGGUUCAGUAACAUAACUUCUAUAAAGCUCACAAUAAUGGUUUCACUUUUCUGGAUAUUUUGGAUAAACAGUGUCCAUACAUAUGCCAAUAAUUAUUGUAUAUUUUUCACAGUAUGUAUGCAAUUAUAUAUUUUUCACAGCAUAGAGAAGUGAUCCUCUACAUUUUAAGGUGAUGCUGCUAUCUAGGUCAACGAAUGGCCUGGAGUGACCAGUUUAUCUUUGAACCUCUGUGAAAUAUGUGAAACCAUAUGGUAGAUUGUAUUUGACAGAAAUAUAAAGUGUUUGAGUGAUGUUGUCAGAUAACCUUGUAGUUAAAGCACUAUUUCUUUUGUAUCAGACUUGAUAUAAUAAUAUUUGAAUGUCAAGGUUUGUUAAAGCAGUAAGGAUCAUUUUAAAUAUUACAUAUGUUUUAGUUACAGUUGGAGUGUAUUUUGAAGAGUUUAGAUGUGUGUUGGCUGUGCAGUGCUGGAAUAUUCAACAUUGCUUUGUCAGGAAGAAUCGCUAGAAGAGACAACUUGCAUCAAUUUUAUGAAAAACACAAGCAGAAAAAAUAACAGUGACAUAUACAUAUGUACCUUCACAAGAAUCAAGAACAAACCCUGAGGAUUCUCUGAAAAACAAGCAGAAAGAGAGAAAAUUCAGUGUCUUACUGUGAGAAUCAGGGCAGCUGUUCUCUGCAAAUUUCCUGAAAUCAGUCAUUCAGAGCAGGACAUCCAUGGUAUUUUUUGUCAUAAUUAUCAACUGUUUCUUUGUAAGAAUGAGUACUGUUAAUAAACAUGCCAUGUUUGUGAAUCACAAGCAAGUA